AUGACUGAGAUUGGUGGUGGUGGUGCGAUGGUAGUGGUGGUGCCGCAGUGGUGUUGUUGGUAUUGUGGUGGUACCGACAGUUGGGAUGAUUCAAAACUAGGGGCAGAAGAUGAGGACACGGGGGCACAGGUGGCUCCUAUUGUCAAACUGCAGGAAGUGGCUGUUACCACUGGCGAAGAAAAUGAAGAUAUCCUUCUUGAUCUGAAGGCAAAGUUGUAUAGAUUUGAUAAGGAAGGGAGCCAAUGGAAAGAGAGGGGCGUUGGGACACUGAAGCUACUCAAGCACAAGGAGAGUGGCAAAAUUAGGCUUGUCACGAGGCAGAACAAGACCCUUAAGAUUUGUGCUAACCAUCUGGUGCUACCCACAAUGACUGUGCAAGAGCAUCAAGGGAAUGACAAAUCAUAUAUGUGGCAUGCUGUGGAUUUUGCAGAUGGAGAGUUGAAGGAGGAGACUUUUGCUAUUUGGUUUGCCUCUGUGGAAAAUUGCAAAUCUUUCAAAGAUAAGAUUGAAGAAAUUACUGAAUCUCUGGCAAAAACUACUGAGGAUAGUGAAGAAGGCACUACUGUUGCCAACCUUAUUGAAAAGUUAACUGUUGAAAGUAAGGAUACAUAA